CCUGCCCCUCCUCCGGCGACAGUGAAAGUUCGGUAUAAAGGGCUGAGCGCGUUGCCGUACGUGCACAGUGGAAGUGUUGAAGUGACUAUGGCAACUGGCAAGGGUUUCGUCCGGAGUGCGGUUUUGGUCGUGGUGUUGGCAUUGUCGUCCCGGGGCCACGCGCAGGGAUUUCACCUCCCUCUCGAAGGUCCACUGCAAGCGCCCUUGCCCGAGGACUUCCUCACCAUCGACCCUUACGCCGUCGGGGACAUCAAGCACGACCACGACAUCAUCAUCCUAGAAGACGCCAACGACCCUAAGUCGUUUGCGCACGGCCCUCUUCCUCCCUCUUUCGGCCUGCUUCCCUCUCUGCCUCCGUCUUUUGGAAAACCUUCCCUUCGUCCCUCUUUCAGCAAGCGUCCCCCUCUGCCUCCUCCUGUCGGUAAACACCCCGCUCUUCCACCGCCUGUCGGCCUCCCUCCCUCUCUCGGCAAACCUCAUUCCUUCAGGAAACCACCCACCCAUCCUCCUUCUUUCGGCAAACCUCAUUCCUUCGGCAAACCAUCCACCCUUCCUCCCAACUUCGGCAAACGUCCCUUUACCGGCAAGCCCUCCGUCCGCCCUCCUUCUUUCGGCCUCCCUCCCUCUUUCGGAAGACCUUCCAACCUUCCUCCCUCCUUCAGCAAACUGCCCACUCUCCCUCUCAGCCACCCUGCCACCCUUCCUCCCGUCGUGAACACGCCCGUGCCCGCCCACGCCCACCCGAACAGCGUCGCUGAUACCGCUGCCUCUUCCUUCUACCCACAGUAUCCCCCUUUCACUCAGCACGACCUGGGAUACGACCCCUUCGUGUACGCUCACCCCACACCUGACGAGGGAGCCUACUUCCCCACACACGGAUUCAACGUCUUGAAGAACCUCGACAGCCAUCACCUAGAGGAUGACGACAUCAAGUUAUUCUUUCCUUCCAACGGCUACAACCUCGACCCUUACUUCAAGGACUUCCCCAUCUUCGGAUAUUUCCAGUACGCCCCCGAGUUUGACACCUCCCAUGAGUUCGACACUACCCAGAAGUUCGACACCGCUCCCGUGUUCGACAAAAUCCCCGAGAUCGACAUCGCCCACGACUUCGACACCGCCCCCCGUCGACGUCGGAUGACCCCGCACAGAGAUGGCCGCGUCUUGAAGGCGUCUUCACCUCUUCUUCAAGGAAUUCGUGACCUUCCCUUAUCUUCGGAGACCGGACCUCACAUGCCCUCUUUGCCCAAGCAAGGGAUACACGAGUGAUGUUACAGUACAUCCAAGGAUAGUGUUUAGCGACCGAAGAAACAGUUGUAGCAUAGUCAUACCUACCCUGGCGGUAGAGUUUUUCUUAGUUAACUAACGUCUAACAUCUCAUAGUCAAUAGAUCUAACAUUUCUUAACAUCAUCUAUAGCUACUAUCUUGUUAUAUUUAUUAGCAGUAGUAUCUAUCUAGACUUAGUGCAAUGCUAUUUAAUGGUACAAAUCUUGUUGAUUGUUGUUGACUUAUAUUUACGCAUAAGAAUGUGCCUUUGUUUUAAGUUCAGUCAGUCGAGCCGUUUCCAGGCCUUUUUUGUUUUGUUUUUGUUAUCUUUUUUAUAAUGUCGAUUCCCUUUAGGUGUGCGCGGUUGGGUUGGUUGCCUAGGGUUCUGUGAGACAUCGCUUAUUUAUAUAAUUUUUCAGCACGUAUAUAUAUAUAUAUAUAUAUAUAUAUAUAUAUAUAUACAUACAUACACAUACAUACUGCACACACACAGACAAGUAAUCAUAAAUGCAUAUAUAAUACUUAUAUAUAUAUAUGUAUAUAUGUAUAUAAAACACCGACAUUAUGUAUAUAUUUGUAAAAUAACAACUAACAUUUCUCAACAGUCAGUUCUGCCAUCUACCUAACAUCUAACUGAAUAAAUGAUUCAAUCGUU